UCUGUGCUUCUGGUUAUUCUGUGCCUAUGUUACCCAAUGUUCUGUUCUUUAACCACCUUUAACUUUAGUGAACUAACUUAUGUUCUUAAAAUGGCUGAGAACACUAAAUUGACUAUGUUCCAUAUCCAUGCUCUGAAUGGAGAAGCUUUGGUUAACCGCCUGAGGGAAUGGGGUUUCAUCCCCAAGGAAGGCGAGUACAAGUGUCCCCUAUGUGAAACUCCACUUGUCUUGCAGCAUCGUAGUAAUGGUCCUGAUGGCUACGCUUGGGCGUGCAAUGGACGUGUUUCCAUCCGUAAACAAAAAAAACGGAAGUGCGCUAAAAGUGUAGCGUUGCGAAAAGAUACUUUUUUUGAACAUUCUAAAUUAGAAAUUAGACAAAUUUUAGGCUUUGUAUAUUUGUGGGUAGAAAAGACACCCGUUACACUUAUUGCGAAAAUUACAAAAAUGUCCUUGCCAACUGCAUCUGGUUGGGCAUCGUUUUGUAAAGAAGUCCUGUUGGAUAAAUAUCUUCUGUACCCUGAAAAGCUAGGUGGUCCGGGUUCUAUCGUUGAAAUUGAUGAGAGUAAAUUCGGUAGAAGGAAAUUUCACCGAGGACACCCAGUUGAAGGAAAAUGGGUUUUUGGCGGUUAUGAAGGCGAGACAGGACGCGUGUUUAUGGAAAUUGUGGAGGAAAGGACUCCGGAUACCCUAGUACCAAUAAUUCAAAAAUGGAUUCUGCCUGGUACUAUUAUUAUUUCGAAUUACUGGAAAGCCCACAAUUGUUUAGAAAGGAACGGGUAUGUUGAUUUAAAGGUUAACCAUUCGAUUACUUUUAAGGAUCCCGAAUCUACGUCGCGUCAUACGGAGAAUCAACUCCCGGGAAAAUUAGCACAAUAUAUUUUCCACAAAACUUGUGAAGGAAAAGGUGUUGAAAAGGCAGAGGAAUUUUACCGCAUUGCUGCAAUGAUGUAUGACCCUACCAACCCGACUAGGCAACGGGAUCCAGAAGAAAUCUUGGAUGAGUAUCCAUCAGAUAAUGCUGAUGAUUAAAAUAAUCAAAAUUCAGCAAUUUAUGAUAUUAAUAUUUGGAUUUUUGGGUUGCGUCUCUGUUCACUUCCUCGUAGUGCAACCUGGGUAACGCUAAGAACAGAGUGAAUAGAAAAUAUUGAUUUUUUAUGGGAGUAGCUAUUUGAUACAUUCAUAAUUUCGUUGUGUUUGGGUCUAGAGCAGUGUUUCCCAACCUUUUUUAUGCCAUACCCCACCUUAGUCUUUCUAAAAUUCUUAUGACCCCUCUAUGUAACAUACAUAAUUUUUAAUAUUAAAAAAUUGAAUUGUUCACUUAACCCUCCGUCGGGCGCAACUGGCCUGACAGGCACAAGUAGAAUGUUUUCGCUCCUCUCUUGAGUCUUAAAAAGUGUAGAAGUCUGUACUUCUUUAUAGUCUACUUUUUUACAUUGAUUUCAUAAGCUCAUUGCGCCCGGAUGCGUCAUAAAUAUUUUUGCCAAUAAGUCGAUUAUUUUUUUCAUCAAGUGUUUAUUUUAGUUGUUUCUUCACAUAUCACGUAAUAUUCUAUGAUACUUCUAUUUAUUAUUUUUUCUUCUAUUGAUAUCUUUUUCGUGAGAACAAAUUUAAUAUUUUAUCUGCAAAACCUAGUUAUAGUAAAAAGUCGUCUCGACGUUUUAUAUUUCUCAAACCAAAUAAAAAAGAAUUCCCACAAUUGCAAAUGUUGUUCCCAGUCGAAAAACGAAAGAAAUGUUGACGAUGUCACAAUGUUAUAACUGAACGUUUUGGAGUCAAAGGACACGGUAAAAAUGCGGUUGAUUGUUGGCAUAAUUUGUCCACAGACGACAUUUUGGAUCCAAUAGUUAGAUAUACCGUCAUCGAACUAAAGACUUUUAUUGGUUUAUUAUACCUAGCAGGAGCACUGAGAGGAAAUCGUCAAAGUUUGGAGGAACUUUGGGGAAAAGAAGGCGACGGUGUCGAAAAAUUUGGAUUGGUAAUGAAUAUCAAACGGUUCAAAACUCUGAUACGUUGUCUUCGAUUUGACGAUUUUACUACCAGAGCAGAACGAAAAGAAAUCAAUCGUCUUGCUCCAAUUCGGGACGUGUUUGAAAAAUUUGUAGAAAACUGUCGAAAGAGUUAUAAAGUCGGAGAAAACGUAAUAAUCGAUGAGAUGCUACCAGAUUUCAGAGGACGGUGUGCAUUUCGGCAGUACAUACCGUCCAAACCGAACAAGUACGGCAUAAAAUGUUUUGCCCUUGCUGAUGCCAAGACGACUUAUACGUUGAAUAUGGAGAUUUAUGCUGGGAAACAGCCUGAAGGUGUUUUCGCUGUCAGUAAUAAGCCGUGUGAGGUAGUAAAAAGAAUGGCUAAAGCGAUAUUUAGAAGCGGUCGUAACAUUACAGCCGAUAAUUGGUUUACCGAUAUAGAUCUCAUCGAUUUUUUGAAAAAGAAAAACUGAUACGUUGGAACUGCGAGAAAAAAUAAAAGACAGUUGCCCCCACCAUUUGUCUUUGUCAAUGGAAGGAAACAAUACACCAGCAUGUUUAGUUUCAGUGAUGGAAA